UCUAGACGUGGUGGCUGGAUAUAGUUCUCUCUCUUUCCCUCUUCUCUCGUUGCAGUUACGGUGGACCGGCUGGAUUUAAGGAACAACCCUAUGGGUGAAAAAGGAACUACAGUCCAACUAGUAAUUUGAACGGAGAAAAACGAGAAGCGAUUUGAUCGCACUGCACAACGUACACAAAGGCUAUCCGCUGUGAGUAUGCCCAUGGUGUAGUGUAACUAGCGGAAACUUGCAUGUUGUGAUUCGUUGGAGUCCUCCAGGAGUAGGAAGGCGGCCCUACCCCUAUCAGUAGCGUGGUGGGCGAGCCGCCAGCAACACAUAUAUUUCAUACAGCCACCGCAACGCGACUCUGGUCUGGUCGUUUCUGCCACCGCCUCUACGUUAGCCCCAAGCACAGUGGAAGAGACCGGGCGUUUCCCCUCGUGGUGUUGCACUUGCAGUGUGGUGAGUGAGAUUUUACAUAUUAUAAGCUUUUUCACGAUAGAGUGGUGCUGUGUAUUUGCCGUGGGUUGCCGUGUGUCUUGUCAGAGGAACCCCGCACCAUCCAUUCUCUCCCUUGGAAGGAGGACGCCGGGGCCAACGACCGUAGACCUUAUUGCCAUCAUACGCGGUGUGCUGUUCAAGAGAGUGAAGAGACGCAGGCCAAGUACUGUGGAGGACUGUGAGUAUUAUAGUGAAAGCAAUUGUGGUGUAAACUUACCUGUGUGUGUGUCAUCGCAGAGUCGGAGGCGAACGGGUCCGCUGCCCCCGGGUCCCUACGAAAGGGCGCCCUUAUCUGGGAUUUGAUCAGCCUACGGACAGUGGCGAUAAGGCAGCGCUCGACCCGGCGAGGUGGUGUGUGACCUUCGCCCCCCUGCUGACCUACAGAAGGAACGACCGUGAGUAACAUAGUAAAAGCAAUUGUGGUAUAAGCUUACCUGUGUUUGUAUCAUCGCAGAGUCGGAGGCGAACGGGUCCGCUACCCCCGUGGUCUCUACGAAAGGGCGCCCCUAUCCGGAAUUCGAUCGGCCCACGGACCGUGGGGAUAGGGCGGCGCUCGACCCGGCGAGGUGGUGUGUGGCCUUCGCCCCCCUGCUGACCAACAGUAAAGAGCCGACUGUGAACGUGAUACUUACCCCGAGAGCUGUAAGCAGCGGAGCUGGUGAGAACCAUUCAAAGACCAAUAACAGUGUUUCUGUGUCCUAGCGAUCACCUGUGGAGAGAGAAAGGAAAACGAGAGAGAGUCAGUAAAGAGCCGACGGUGAACGUGAUACGUACCCAGAGAGCUGUAAGCAGCGGAGCUGGUGAGAACCAUUCAAAGGCCAAUAACAGUGUUUCUGUGUCCUAGCGAUCACCUGUGGAGAGAGAGAAGAAGACAAGAUGGCCGCCUGUGGAAAGAGAAGAAGGCGAGAGUAAGCCAUUGGGCACGAACAGUGGAGAAACCCCUAACAGCCACACCAGAAGUUGUCUGCCUCCAGGAAGAGAAGAAGGAGGGCGCCACGGCCAGCAGGGUCCAGGCGGGAGCCUGACGUUUCCUUUUUCCCCCGUUGAUGGUGGUUGGCACCCCCGUUUUCCCAUCCCUGUCACCCGUGGCUGUAGUCUCCCUGGAGGGAGUAGAAGAAGCCAUUAGUUUUAAAAUUCCCCUUUCCCCGAAAUUUCCCCCCCAUCCUUUUAAGUAUUUAAGAUUUCAAUAAAGCUUGUUUUAAAUUUUACUUACCUGUUUCCGUGUUUGUCUGGUCAUUGGGUCGGCUUUGGGGACCUCCUCGAGGUGGGAGUUGAGAAGGGGCGUGGCUUUAGCCAAACACAGCCAGCCCCUAGUGGUGACAGAUUUUGGCGUAGUCGGCAGGAUCCCACCUCGAGUUGAGUAACCAAGGUCACCCAAUGACUGACAACGCGGGGCCAGCGGCCCCACCCCGUGCCACACCCGUUAUCAUGGGCAGUCCAUGGGUCCAGAGAUACGGAGGAGCCGAGUCGGAGGUACGCCUGACCGAAUGGAAGGCCCAGCUGGAGUACUUGGCCGACCUGCAGGGCCUUAGCGCCGCCCAGCGGCUUCAAUUUGUGUUAAACUCCUUAGAAGGAGAAGCACGGCGAGAAGUACAAGCCGCCCCCGAAGCGACUAGAGCCACCGCCCAGACUGUGUUCCAGUUCCUCACUGAACAAUAUGGUGACCAUACCCCCGUAGCUGUCCUCCGCUCACAAUUUUUCAGUUGCAAACAAGGCCCCCGACAACCUAUUCGAGCUUUUGCCCUCAGGCUGCGGGAGCAGUUCACUCGCCUGCAAGCCCGACGAGACCAUGGGCUAGGAGAUGGAGAAGCCUUGUUACGCGACCAGUUCCUCCUGGGGAUGAAAGAAGGCCCCGUGAGACAAAGUCUGAGGGUCCAGUUCCGGAGGGACCCCGGGCUGACCUUCGAAGAUCUAAAGAAGGAGGCGCUAGCCCUGGAGGGGGACGAGGCCGAAGUAACCGAAGCCCCCGUAUGUGCAGCCGUAAGUGGAAACACAGCGGCGCCACCUGAACACGCAGACUGGAAACAAGCCCUGCGGGUGGAAUUGUUGAAAGAUGUCCGAGAGCAGAUGUCGGAGCUAUCUAAGACCCUCUUGGGGGAACUUCGCCAAAGUAGGGCGCGGGAGGAACCGAGGCCGGCACCCCGAGAGCGAGUCUACUCUGAGAGGGGCCGAGAGCCACCGGGACGCCCGAAUCGUUUGAACCGGCCCCGCUUCGAGUGGGAUGACCAAGGGCGGCCAAUCUGUAAUCGGUGUGGAGAACCGGGGCAUUACAGUCGCCAGUGUGGGCCUCGCAGGGCAUCAGAAGGGGGUUUUUAA